CGCGUCCGUCGCCGUGGAGACGGGCUCCGGCACGGCGGCAUGGCCUGGCUGGAGGUGGCGGCGGGCGGCGAGCGGCCCACGCGGGCCCGGCUGUGCUCCCUGGCGGCGCUGGGGCUGCUGUUGCUGGGCACGCUCACCUAUGUGCCGCCCCUGCUGGUGGCCUACCGGAGCCACGGGUUCUGGCGCACGCAGAGCAGCUACGCCGAGCAGCCGAGCGUCCGCUUCCGGCACGAGGUGCUCCUGGCUGCGCUGACGGAGGGCCGCGGCGGCGGCGGGCUCGUGGGCUGGAGCUCCUUCGCCGCCUGCAACCGGCUGCUGGGAGCCCGCCUGCGCGUCCCGCUGGUCUCGGCUAGAGAGGAAGACACGAAUCAAGAUGGAGUAAUGGACCUGCUCCAUUUUCAGCUGGUGCUUCCAUUGCUCUCCUCCGAACAAGUAGUUGGGAUUCAGCUCCUGCUGACUUUUUCCUAUCAGUUGCACAGAAUGUCCAGCUUUGUGAUGCAGAGCAUGGCUUUUUUGCAGUCUUUUUCCCCUGUGCCGGGAUCACAGGUGUUUGUGAGUGGAGAUCUCAAGCUUCAUCAGAGGCAGCCACUUAGCCACGCUGGGCUGGAUAGCAGAUAUAACGUGUCUGUGAUCAAUAGUACAAGUCCUUUUGCGCAGGACUAUGAUUUUGUGAACAUUGUUGAAACAUAUCAGAAGAGGAAUGUCACAACAGUUUUGUCUGGUCCCAGUCCGAUCUGGGUGACUGGAAGAUCACCAGAUCAACCAUUUGUGAUCCAGGCCUUCAUCCACUAUCCAGUGGAAUUGAUUGCAUAUCAGCCAGGCUUCUGGGAAAUGAUGAAGUUUGCCUGGAUCCAGUACGUUGGCAUCCUCCUGAUCUUUUUGUGGAUUUUCAAAAGAAUAAAACUCUUCCUUCUUCGAAAUCAAGUGCUGAACACAGUACCAGUGUCUCCGGUUCCCCCACCACUGUUCUAUAAAGAGCACAAAUCCUGACCCAGCUUGCACAGGAUAAAGAACUUUGCUUUCAAUUCCUUUGACUGCUUUGCAUUUACAAGAUGAGGCAUUCCACAGUAUGGUUCAUCUAUUAUUUUUGCAAAGUUUAUCAAUAUGUCCUCACCGUAGAUUCACUUUGCUGUCCUGUUUUCAGAAAUUUGUUUGUUAUUAUGGUCUAUCAGGUGCAUAUCAGCCAUAGUCAAUAUGGUGGCAAGAUAAAACUUUGUAAAAAGUUAUAUAAAUGAGUCGCACUGCC